ACUAUAGGCACGAGACACAAAGCUACAGGAGGGGCCUCAUAUUCAUGAGUGGGGAGCUUUUAACUGUGGGCCGGGCAGGACGAAAUUGUCAGUACGUUCGCAGGUACCGGUGAGAACGGGACGUUUUUCCAUUUUUGAUUUCGCUCUCCUCAUCGUUUGUGGUCUUAUCGAACAUUUUUAUCUCGUUUGUUGUGUUUGCUUGUUUGGAGUGCGUUCGGGACUUUACACCUUUCGUACUUGAUAAAAAUUUACCUCCAAGAGUUUUUAUUCAUUAUCACCGAUUUUUUUUUCAGAGCUUGUUACAAAUGGACUGUGAUUAAGAAUUGUGGAUUUUACGAGUAGUGCAGACGAUUUUAAUUCUGUAUUUUUAUAAACAUCAGGCCUCAUUACAAAACCCGUAUUGUUAAGUUGUUAAUUCAUACAACUGUUGCCUGUUAAAAUUUUUUUUUUAAUUAUAUCAUAACGUGAUGAAGAUACGUCGAUAAUUUGCUAGUUUCAGAUACAAGCGAGUAUUUUAACGGACUUAAAAACCAAUCAAAAUGACGACGCUAACAGUCUUAGAAAAUUUAAAUGAUCAUUCAACCAGCCUCAACCCUAUUAGCUCAGCGACGACAUACAUCCUCACAGCAUCUACCUCACCAACAGUAACAACAGCUUCCAACAGGACAACGGUCAGCAAAAUUGUCCCCAAAAGGCAGCGGCAAGAUGACGACAACCAUACCACAGCUAUUAAAAAUAAACGGCCCAAAGGAUCCCAUCAUAGGGGGUCGGCGGCCCCAGCAGUGGCGAGAAGAAACGAAAGAGAACGCAACAGAGUCCGACAGGUCAAUUUAGGUUUCGCCACUCUAAGACAACACGUUCCAAAUGGGGCCAAAAGUAAGAAAAUGAGCAAGGUAGAGACUCUCAGGUCAGCAGUUCAAUAUAUCAAACAGUUACAGCAACUACUAACGGACGAAGAUGUGGGUGGUGAUGAGGAGAACAGUGUUCCAUCUUUUGAAGAACAAUUCCGACAUUUACAUCCUGCUGCUCAGCAUCAUUUGCAUCAUCCAUCAGCCACGAACAAUUCUCAUAAUUUUGGAGAUGCGGCAUUGCUGCAUCUCAACUCGGCCGCUGGAGGUACGUUGUCGUUCGGUGGACUCACAUCCCCACCCUGCUCAUCUCCAACGCCGAGUUUAGGUUCCGAUGCAAGUUCACCUUACGAUAGUCUCAGUCCGGAAGAUGAAGAACUACUCGACUUCACGACGUGGCUUUCUUAAUGGAACUCCGACUCGAUUUGAAGCUUCGAAAGAGUGAAAAGGACUCAAAGUUGUGCUAUUUUUUUUGUGUUCAAAAAAGACAUUCGAAAGUGUGUGAGAAAAAUUCCAUUUGAGGGUCCUUGAAACCGGAACGAAAACAACUCUCUGAGACAUAGCUAAAUUAAAAGGAAAAGCUCUUUUCUGCGUAGUUGGGGAUACCUCUUUGCGGAACUUCGGACUUUGCAUCUAUGGUCACUCAACCGUUCUUCCAGAAAAAUCGCCGAAAAACCACCACUUUGAAAAAAAAAAACUUUUAUUUUUCUCCUUUCUUAAAUCUCAGUUUCCAACAACCUCCGCCGGCGGCCAUGUUUGAAAAUCGUCUGAUGUCGACUUCCGGUCGGAGGACGGAAGUUCGUGCGGCUUCCAUUCCAAACCGAAGGAUUUCCUGAACUUGGCUGAAAAAGAAACGUAUUCUUCAUACGUUCCUCUCCCCCUCUUCAAUUGUAAAAAGUAGGAAUAAAAAAAGAAGAAAAAAGAAAUGAAAGAGACGAAGAAAAAACUUAAGUGGAACACUUUUUAUUUCACUUUCUGGAAAUGGAGUCUUUUUACCAAACUCUUUUUACAACGCACACACAGCUAAAUAUGUGUUCGUUUUUUUAAAAACUUUUUUUUAUUUUAUUUUAUAAGAUGAGCUUAAAAAUAGAGAUUAAAAAAAAUAUGUGCUACAUGUAUGCGUGUCAGAUGAGAUAGUAGAGGUAUUUGAAAUGUUUUUUAAUGCAUUUAAAUUAAUGAAUAUUUUUUUAUGAUAAUAUAUAUAAAACUUGUUAAAAUUUUUGAAGCCUGAUUAUAAGACUUAAUUACAACAUUUGUUUAUCAAUAUCAUAAUCCGAAAGAUCAUGUAAGAACACGUUAAAAAUUGGCUACAUAGUUAAGAUUUCGAAAUUUUUUUAUUAAAUCUCUUAAAAAAAUUAGCAAAAUAAUUUAUUAAUCAAAAAAUAUAACUGAUCAUUAUUUAUACUUCAACUGUAAAAGUUGGUUAAGAUUUUUAUAAAUCUUUUUCAAAAUAUAAUUUUAUGUGUUUUUUCACUGUUUAUCUCAUUAUGAAUAAUAAUCUCAGUUUUAUUAUUAAAUAAUUAACUCAUUCGAAAUGUAAUGAAAUUUUAAAAAAAUAACCUCAAGCAAAAUAAAAUAUUUAUCGCUGUUAUUUUAUUUCUAAGGGAUGUAUUUCCUAAUUUGCUCAAGUUUAAUAAAUGCAACUUUUUUGAUAUUGUAAUAAAGUGAAAGCAGUCUCAAUACUAAACUUUUCCUACUAAAAAAAAAGAACUUUAGCUCUUCUUAUUGCCAUAAGACCUAAAUCCUGUGAUAACAGCCCACGAUCAAAAAUAAUUUUUUAAUAAAUCUUCGUAAACUUUUUUUUUAUAGCACCAAAGGUGAAUAAAUUAUGUACAUAUCAUUAUGCUGAAAUGUAGAAUUCGCAGAUAAUACACGGAGAAAAAUUCUGGUAAAAUUACAGUACUGCAUGGUAGUGAUAUUUCUGGUAAAUAGAAAAAAUUCGAGUUCAUAAAACCAAAGUAUAUUGCCAUUCAUUUGGUAAUUUUUCCAUUUAUAUGGUAACAGUUUACCGGAAAUUCUGGUUGUCAACAUUAUAGCUCUUAUUAUCACACAUUUAAUAAAAAAAUACAAAACUGAAAAGUAAAUUUUGCAGAAUAAAUGAUUUUCAUGCCAUACUCUAAGGUAUCGUGAAAAAACUACCCGAAUUUUACCACAUUUGCGAAAUUUAAUCAAACAUUAUAAAACAACAUUUUAUAGUUAAUUUUACCAAAAACAUUACCAAAGCACUUCGGUAAAUGUUACCGUGUAUUUUGGUGCUCCCAUGGAGCCAAAGACAUGGUAAAUUUUACCAUAUUCCAAAUUUUAUCAUAUUCCAAAUUUUACCAUAUAGUUUUGAACAUACUUUUUUUCCCAAGUUCAUAAAUGCAGCAAAAAUUUCAUAAUACUGCCAUACCUCAAUCAUUGUUCCGUUUUUUGAGACGAUUUUCAAGUAAUGUAUUAUUAUUUUAACGAAAGUAUAUGUCGUAGUGCUGUAAACGCAGAUAAAAAUAAUACAAGCGCACAACGCAUUAGCAUUUUAAUCUGAAAAAAAAGCACAUUAUAAACGUGUUUGCAAAUCUCUGAUAUAUCUGCAAAAGCUAAAUUAUACAAAUAAUCUUGAAUUAUCACUUUUUAAAAUGAAUUUUUUUACGAUAAAUUUUUACACAAAAUAUUUUUUACCCGAAAAAAAUUUGCAUAUAAUACGUGCCUUGAUGACGAUUUUCAAGAGAUAUUUUUUAUGAUGCCAUUUGACAUAAUUUUGUAGAAUGUAUUCAUAGAUGUUUUUUUUUUCUUCAUACAUUGGAAAUGUAGCAAUAGACUGUAAUAUAUUGAGUUUUUAAGACUUGCUGUUUCAGGAAAUGCAUAAUUGCAUGUGAUACCUCAAUUUUUUUUUCUUGUUGAUGUAGUUUUAGCAAUGAAUUGUGAAUAGUUGCAAAAGUAUGUGAGCGAUGUUAAUGAAAGUAGUAUUUAAGAAUGUAGAAAAAAAAUUGUAUAGAUUUAUGAAAACAAAUUUUUAGAUAUAUUAUGAAUAAUUAUUAUGUUAGUGUAAAAAAAAAGAUUGAUUUAGUUCCAGGCAUCUUACCAAUGAGUAUUUUUAUACGUAAAAUAAGCACAUCUUGUUUUAAGUAUCAUAUUGUAUUAUGUUAAUUGAGUAAAAUAGUGUCAAAACCGUGAAGUUAACUGUUAAACGUGUGCCUAUUAUACAACACAUUCCAUUUUUGAAUUUAUGUCUAGUCUACUGUUUUAAGAAGUACUGUUUGCCUACUGUAAGUGAUGUGUUACGACAUAUUUCAAUGCUCAAUUUUUAUUUUUAUGCUUCAUAGCGUAAGUGUAGGCAUUUAUAAACAUGAAAUAUAUUUUUAUUAUGAAUAUUAUUACAAUAAUAGCUAUAUUAUGAAAGUCUGAAAUUCGAUAAAUGCCAUUUUUCUCUCGUAAAUGUCGUCAUUCACAUAGUCACUAUGAUGAAUGGAUUAAUAAAAAUUCUAUCAUUAAUCACUAUUAUAUGAAGAAUAAAUUAUUUAGCUAUUCAUCAGAGAAUAUCGAGAUUUAACAGUGAAUGUUGAACAAAAAAAUGUGUCUAAUAUUUAUACACUAGCGUUUGCUUAUAAAAGGUAAAUAAUAAUGUUAAAUUUUUUUAAAUUUAACAUUCACCGUCAUUGUGCUGAAUGUUAACAUUUGGUGUUUGGUGAUGUUAAUGAAAAAUAAUGAUAUUAAAAAAUUUUUUUAUUCAACAUUCACCGUGAAUUCUCUGAAGAUGCUGAAUGUUGACCUCCGCCGGUGUAAAUGGAAAAUAAUUAAAUUUAACAAAACAUUUUAUCGGCAAUUCACCAUUAAGGAAUAUUGAAUGUUUACACCUGCAGAUGUAAAUGCCACUGUGAUAAUGAUAUUUAAAAAAAAGAUUUCAAUUUUUUUCCCUCCAAAAUUGGAAUCCGCUAUCAGUGAAUGGUGAAUGUCGAAAUUUGCUAGAACAGAGAAAAAUAAUAAACUUUACUAAACAUUUUUAAACAUUCACGGGAGUGAAAAUGUGAACAUUUGCAUUCACUGAAGAAUGUCGGCAUUCAUAAAUUUCGGGCUUUAACAUUAACACAAAUACUAUACAACUCAAACAAUGAAAUUUAAGAAAUAUUUCCGAACAUUCACCAAAGAGAUUAAAUGAAUAUUGACAUUCUCCUAUUUCGGACUUUCCCGAAAACACAAAUACCAUAUAACUCAGGAAGUAAAUAGUUUAUUUAUUAUAUUUAAAGGUAUUUCAGUCGCAAGAAUUAAAUUUUUUUGAUCUUUAUAAAAGUGUGCCUUAUGUAAAACAGUUGCUAGUGUUUUUUAAAAUUCAGCAUUGUUGUUGUUAAAGCUAUAAUAAUAUUUUACAUAACGUAGUUUAUUAAAAAAUGUAUGUAUCUAACGUAUGAUCAAGUAUUGAAUCGUAUGUUAAUAUGCUAGAUGUUAUAUUGCUCUUUCUAUCAAAAUUAUUACCUAUAUUUGCACAGAAAUCAAAAAAAUUGCCUUGAAAUACGUAGCCUUUUUAAUUGUUAAAUGUUUGAUCCAGUUAAUUUGUUUUUUCAGUUAAACAUUUCACUUUUACUUCUUUUUUAUUUAGAAAAAAAUAUUGGUAUAAUAAUUGUCACUUAGAAAAAAAAAACUAUAUUGCAAAAUCCGAUUUGAAGACUUUGUAAAAAAAAAAAAAUAUUGAAGCAAAGCUGGAUUAUUUACAAAAGAAAUUUAAAAUUUUGAAAUAAAAGUAUGAAGUGCCUAUGUGUUCAUUGAAACUAUUUUGUAUUAUAAUUAUAAAUAAAAUGAAAGUUUAUAUUGUUUUAAA